AUGAUAGAUCUAUUACAAGAUGUUUUCCCUGAUAAACCGCUACAAACACUGCAGCAGGCCCUCGACGACGCCAACGGAGACACCCAACUGGCAUCUGCCAUUCUUUUAAAUGAUACAAAUCCCACCACAACGCUAACCGACCGUGAGCUUCUCACAAGCAUAUUCCCCGACACCCCACACGAGACCCUGGCAAGCCUGUACAACCCAAGUUUCACUUUGGAUGAAAACGUCUCAAAUAUAUUGCAGAGCGAAAACUCCUCCUCCCCUUCCGUUUGGCAAAACACAAGAAAUAACAUCAACCAAGUUGUUCAAUAUACAGGCGUGAAAGAUCAUUUCGCAAGAAAAUAUCUCCACCAAAACGGUUUGAAUGCCGUGUUGGCUAUAAUUUCAAUCAUCAAUUCGUUCGAUUAUAAUUAUCUCCAAACCAAAAUUGCCUCUCAGCAUCCGGGUGUAACCAAAAGCAAGUCCGAAUCUUCCAUAUACAACAAACCAAACACAUCCCAUAUACGAGGAAGAGUUCAAACUUCAAAUGGGUUUGCCUAUUUAAAUAAAAAAACUAAUACCACCACCACCCCCCGUCAAGACAAAAGAACAACAGAAGUGAAAAAUAUUCUUAAUCAUCCUUAUGUCUUCAAUCCAUUGGAGUAUUCGAAAUUAUUGGAUAUCAUUCAAGGUGAUCAUAAUUUACGUUCCGUUAGUCCUGUUUUUUUGAAGAAUUCCUUUGUAUUUUUCUGUGGAGAUAUAGAUAAAGUAUUAAUGGUGUGUCUUCUUGUCGUUGAAAAUAAUAAUGAAUUACAAACAUACCCUUCGAAAGAAGUUGGCCCAUUUGAAAAACAAUUGCAUCCAAUUGAUAAUUCUCGUAAAAAAUUAUAUCUAUCACAUAUCGUUACAACAAACGCUAAAAUCAAAUCUUCACCAACACGUUAUAAAUCUCCUGCUUCAACACUGUCGUCGCCUACUACAUCAAAUACAGACAUUAGCAAUGAUUUAUUUGAUAACGGGAAAAUCGAUUUCCAUGGGUUUUUACCAAAUCAAGUCAAAAAUAUUUUACAAUCAUCUUUACCAAAAUGGUGGGAUGAAGAAAUGUUAGAGAGAGAAUUACAUUCAGAUAAAUCGGGCUCAUUAGUAAAAUAUGUCUCUCCAAUUACAAUUAUAACAGGAAGAGGUCUUCAUAGUGUGGGUGGCAUUUCAAAAGUUAGGAUUCAAGUCCAAAAAUUUUUAGAACAAAACCAUUACGUUUAUGAGGAACAACCUUCUUUAUUUAUUGUUCAAGGUAAAAAAAUUCAAAGAUAA